AGGGCAGGCAGGAAGGCAUAUCGUCGUUGUCGGCAAUUACUUUAGGUGUCUACACUUCACAAACAAACUUCUCAUCCGUUUCCGCUUUCCGAAAUUGGCUCAGCCUCUGAAACUUCCGAUUUCCGAUCUGCCGAGUUUUGCUGGAAAAUUUUGAGCGAAGGAGUCGCCAGAAGGUCAACGUGAACUUUUCUCAGUCUUUCGUGAGAUUUUAUUCAAGAUGAGUGAGGUUUUCGAAGGGUACGAGCGCCAGUAUUGUGAACUCUCCGCGAAUGUUUCUCGGAAAUACAACUCUUUCUCCGCCUCCGAUUCAGAGCAGAAACAGCAAUGGCUUUCGGAAAUCAAAGUUAGUUUAGAUGAGGCCGAUGUUUUGAUCAGGAAAAUGGACCUUGAGGCCAGAAGUUUGCAGCCAGGGGUAAAGGCUAUGCUACUUGCUAAGCUACGGGAGUACAAAGCUGAUCUUGGGAAACUGAAAAAGGAAUUCAAGAGGUUUACAUCACCAAACGCUAAUCAAGCUGCCCGUGAAGAGCUGUUGGAGUCUGGAAUGGCGGAUACACAUCUGGCAUCAGCUGAUCAAAGGGAGAGGCUGACAAUGUCCAUAGAGAGAAUAAAUCAGUCUGGUGAAAGAAUCACAGAGAGUAGAAGAACCAUGCUGGAGACCGAGGAGCUCGGUGUCUCAAUUCUCCAGGAUUUACAUCAACAGCGUGAAACUCUCCUUCACUCCCACAAGAGACUUUAUGGGGUAGAUGAUGCCAUUGAUAAGAGUAAAAAGGUUCUGGUCACGAUGUCUCGAAGAAUCAGUCGAAAUAAAUGGAUUGUCGGGUCAGUAAUUGGAGUUCUGGUACUCGUUAUUAUCCUUAUAAUAUAUCUUAAGCUUUAAGAUAAGGAAGAGAUCUCUCCUUGAUCAUGAAAGGAGUUGCACUCUUAUCAUUUGAUUUUCCAAUUGUACGAUUGGUUGUCAAUCAUAUGUUUGAUGUAUUUUGUUACCAUACCUCGUGUUCAUGUCUGUAAUAGGACCAAAUUUUGUAACUCAGUAGCAUUUUAACUAAUCAAUACCAGAUAGUAGGCAGCUCUUGAUUGUGUA